AUGUCCCUGGCCUUGCUUCCUUCAACCCCGCUGACCUCUGGCCGCACAUCGAUUCAGGAAGCUCUGGCAGCGUCUCCCUCAGCAUCCAAAAGACCGAAGCUGAGCCUCAACACCUCCACCGUCCCCUCUGGCUUUGGCAAGGGCGUGACGAGCUUGAGACUGGAAACUCUGUCUGCCACCUCUCCGACAGCUCGCAACACGUUUCAGAACCGAGACGGAGCAAAGGCGAAGGAUGAUGCAACGCGCGGGAAAGUCACGCUGACGCCUCUCCUGACCAACAUGUCGCCUAUUUCAGCCAGCCAACCCACGGCAGAGAGCGUGUUAUGCCAUGGGAUUCCCGAUGCUUCAGUGCUCACUGCGUCGCCCGUCGCUUCCUUGCCCUCGCAAAUCCCAUACAUCCUACCGCAAAACACAUCGUCCAUUUUGACCAACGGGCCGAUAAAGCGACCAGGCAGUCAGGACUCGGAAUCAUCGCGAUCACGAGCAUCGUCGCCCAAACGAGUCGCCUUCCGAAUCGAUCUAACCGAAGACAUCAAGACCACGAUGUAUACAUUCAAGCAUUCCGACAUUUGUCAGUCCCCGGCACUGAUGUCUGUCUCUGAGGCGUCACGCUCCAGAAGUCAGGAAUUGGCAACAGAAGAACCAGCUCGAGCGAGGGAUGGUGUGCAGGAGGCAGCAAAGGCGGUGCCUCGCCCGGGCAUCAAGCGCGCUUCAUUCGAUCUCGAGGAAACCGACGAUCGCGCUUGUCCUACCACGCCGGUCGCUGGCCGAGCUAAACGGCAGAAAUGGGUAUGGACUCUCGGGUCCGAUUGA